AUAAAAAGAGAGAAAUAAAGACAAUAGGGGAGAAUGAAAGGACGGAAGUAUUGGCUUGCACAUACAGAGGUGGUCGAUGACAACGUCGCAUAGCAUUGGUACUCAUAUUUUUCAUACUAUGAAGCAUGCGCCUUGUGGAAACAUUGUAGGGGAGUACAUUCGUAUGUUUGCAUCUCUGUUAGUAUAGCCUGAGUAGUACAAGCGUAGGGGCUCGCGACAAAUUGACUAUUUAAACUCUUUUCACCCAUUGUCGGGACAACUAUGUCAGGCGGUGAGGGGUUGACUGCAACCGCAGAUCCAAUCAAUCGCAUUUCAACUGAAUACAGUUCAACAGCAGAGGCUUCCAAAAGUGAUGAAUGUAUACGCGAAAAUAUUGAAGAAAUAUCAACUACACUAACUAAUGAUGGAUUGAGAAGAAGGAAGGUCAUUUAUGCAGCCAAAGAAACCCUGGAUAAGGCAUCUCGCCUAUUAAGGAGGAAAAUACCAUGUACUGGACAUUUAAUGACCCCCCGCCGCCUAUGGAUUCAAAAAGUUCCAACACAAGAAUGCGAUGUUGUAAUGACGUUUCCGAGUGGAAGCAAUGAAGAAACUUUAAUGUGGCUUUUAGGACGCCUUCGAGCGGGAAGCCCUGGACUUGUAGUACACGUACGUCAUCAUGCUUCAUCUGAUAGUUACGGAUUUUAUUUAACAGCACCUUUUUCUGUACUGUUAAAAGUUGCCGAAGAGGUUCAUUUACCAAAACGAUUGCGUCAGGAAUAUGGCGGUAGCCUUAAGGAAUUUCUCGGCGCAGAAGCAACGUAUUUCGAAGGCAAUGGUGAUGAAACACAUUUUUUUACAACCCAAGAACGCCAAUCUUUGGUUCUCCAUCUUCUUCAUACGUUGAGAGCAGGUCCAUAUGAUCUUAACAGUUUGGUAGGUGUUAAAUUUGUUGAAGGUCAGGCUAUCAUUCCAAAAUGCCUUUCUUCAGGAUUUAUUUUACAGGUUUUCCCACUUCAUGAAUUACCUGCACUGGAAAAGUUGCAGCAAUCUUGGGUUCGAGCAUUUUUUAGUCCACAGCCACUAGAUGAUAUUUCCAGGUAUUUUGGAGUGAAGAUUACAAUGUACUUUGCAUGGCUCGGACACUACACUACCGCACUUAUUGUUCCAGCUGCAGUAGGUGUCAUAUACUGGGUGGGCAUCAUUGGAAGGAAUCAAGCGAUGGAAGAUGUAGCUUACGUGUUAUUCUCAGUAUUUAAUGUGAUAUGGGCUACUAUUUAUCUAGAAACAUGGAAACGAAGAGGUGCUGAACUUGCAUAUAGAUGGGGAACUUUUGAUCAAAGAGACGAUUUAUUAGUGGAACCAAGACCACUUUUUACGGGAACCUUAGAAAUUUCGUCGGUUACAGGAAGACUUGAACCAAUUUAUCCAAAAUGGAAAAGAAAUAUGUUUCGCUACUUCGUUAGUGUACCGAUAGUUUCUAUUUGUUUAUUUUUUGUUUUCAUAGUAAUGAUUCUGAGCUUUCAAAUUCAGGAUUGGUGGGAUGCAAGACUACAAGUUGCUGAAUAUGGAUUUUGGUUAAGUUACGUACCAAAGGUGCUUCUAGCCAUUGUUAUUGCCAUAAUGGAUGAAGCUUAUUUUAAAAUAGCUGUAUGGCUGAAUGAUUUAGAAAAUUAUCGUCUAGACACCGAGUACGAAAAUCAUCUGAUUUACAAAGUAGCAUUGUUUCAGUUCGUCAACUCUUUCCUAUCAUUAUUUUAUAUUGCAUUUUAUAUUCAAGAUCAAGAACGUCUUAAAGAGCAAUUAGCAGCUUUGCUACUUGCACGACAAGUAAUUAGCAAUCUUAAAGAAUCGGCAGUACCUUAUGUAAUUGAGCAACUUCGAUUAGCUCGCUUAAGCUUUGAGUUAUUUGGAGCUCUCAGUCCGAGCGAAGCUCGAUUUCUUCCUGAAGAAUCUACGAAUGAAGAGUCAGAGAAAACACCUAGUGUAAUAACUGAGGAUGACAAGGAGUUGAAAGGAAGACAGCCUAGAAAUGUUAGCCAAGCAGAAUUAGAAAGCUCGCUUUAUAGAGUAGGACAUCCAACUAAUUAUCUACUUAGCAAAGUUUUUUUUAAGGUACCACCGAAGAAGUAUGACGGUGCAUUCUCGGAACAUUUAGAAAUGUUAUCUCAACUUGGUUACGUAUGCCUUUUCUCAUCUGCAUUUCCAUUAGCUGCAUUUGCAGCUCUACUAGGAAAUCUUCUGGAAUUACGAGGAGAUGCUUUUAAAUUGUGUUUUGUCUUGCAGCGACCUUUUGGUCGACGUGUAUCAAAUAUUGGAACUUGGCAGAAUGCAAUGGAAGCAAUGGGAUUAGUUGCAAUAUUAGUCAAUUGUGCUCUAAUUGGUCUAAGUGGACAAGUACAACGAAUGUUUCCUGAAAUGUCAGCAACUCAAACUAUAUUAUUAAUAGUAGCAUUAGAGCACAUAAUGCUGGCUAUACGUUUCAUCAUUAAUUGUGUGAUACCUGAUAUACCAAGUUGGGUGGCUACAGAAAUGGCUAAGGUCGAAUUUUUACGUAGAGAAGCUGUCAGAAGAUUAUCAUCAACAUCGUCUCCAUCGGAACAUCAACCAACAACUGUAAUAGGAAGAUUCGUGGUGAGUCCAGCAGACACAGCUUCCGAUGUGGAAGAGGAGUUCAAACAAAGACAACAGCAUACCAUUGAGGAAUUGGCAAGUGCUCGAACAAGUUUCCGUGGAUGCAGCCAACAAAAUAUACAUACGCUGUUAUCUUCAAGUGCAGAAACACCCAGUAGACUAGAAACACCGAGUAGUACAGCCGUAUGUCAUGGUUCGAUAAUAAUACCAAGGAUCGCUGAAACGCCAACGAUACCGCCUGAAACUCCUGGUAGUACAGGAAGUGGAAGUGAUAGCAGCAGUGCAUUUUUGGCAGAUUGUAUUGUAGGAAGCUCAAAAAAUUUUAACCCAGUAUCCAGAGAAAGUAUUCCUGGAGAGGAAAAAGGACGAAGAUCGAGAGAAUGGAUAACAUGUGCACAAGAAUCAUUAGGUUGCGGAGAUUACAGUCAUCAUUUAACAAUUGGUCCUCAUGGUGGCAUUGAUUGGGUUCGACGUUUGGGUUUAGAAAGCGGAGGACGAAAAUCAAGUGAUUCUGAAAUUAGUGACUUUGGAGGUAAUAGUGCAGAUGAAAUGAUUAUACAUAGGUCAACUGAUUGUAUUACCACUAAGGAUUUAAUAGCAUCUUUAGAUAGUAAUCUUCUUCGAACAAUUCCUCCUUUGUCACCUUCAACUAAAAAUCAAAAGGUUCAUAUUUCUCCAGAAAAAGAGAAAGCGCGUGAAAAGAUCGACAAACACCAAUAUCAUCAACAGUUACAACAGAUGCAACAGUAUCAAUUACAUCGUGAUUCUGUACAAGAACAUCGUGAUCGUCAAUUAGAUCUAUAUGAAAAAGAAAAGGAACGUAAUGUUAUUUCUGAUUCAAGUAAAACAAUAUCUAGUCAAGAAGAUGAAAAGUCUUUGAAGGAGGAACGAGAGGCGAAAAAGUCUAGAGUAAAGCAAAGUCUGAUGAAAAGAGCUCGAUCUGUUGCAAUAUUUUCGCUUAAAUUAAAGGAACGAAGAGCUCGAGAAGCCGAAGUGAAAGCAAAAGAAGCCGAAAGGGAAGCCCGAUGGCAGCAACCACAGUCUUGUGUGGGUGGUGAACUUUCUUGUAUCCCUAUAGAAAAGCUUAUAUCAGUAGACGAUAUUGCAGCAAUGGAAGUACGCAGAAUAAACUAGUUUUAAACGUUUAUAUUAUUUUAUAUCAUCGUUUAUAAUAUUGAU